GUAAAUGCAGCAUUUCUGACCCAUACUGCGCAUGUGCAGUGGCUUCCAAGCUGUCUUCUCCUCCACCGUUUGACAAACCGCGUCCUAGUGGGAAGCGAACAGCGUGCAGCAGCGAUGUCAACAACAUCGAAAACAUAACAAACCAUGAUUACCACUGAGGCUACAAGAGAGUUCCAGGCCAAAGAGCGUAAAUACAAAGAGCAGCUGAAAAGAUGUUUAUCAUCUGCUUUGUCUGCAGACCUGAGCAGGUUGCUGCAGGAGGAACUGGAGGCAGAUGUUUCUCUGUAUGCUGCUUCUGGCUCGCUCCGAGCACACAGAGCUGUACUGCUGGCCAGAGCUCCUCAUGUGCUUCGUGGACAAACACACAAAGAUCCCAUCAUCAUCCAUCUUCCUGGCUAUGAGCUCUCUGCGCUGAAAGACUUCCUCAGGCGGGUGUACACAGCAGAGCAGAGCAUGCGCUCAGCUGAAGUAAUCCCAGAUGUGGAGGGCUCCGUGCCUGAAAGUACUCUGCCUGUUCCCAACCCAGCAGACCUUCAUCAUUCCACUGACUCAGACGCUGUUGUUCUGGAGCCAGCUUCUGGCCUUGGAGCUGACUUGCUGGAUCUGUACCAAAGAGGAGAACAGUGCGACAUCACCAUCCAAGUAGCAGAGCACGUCUUCUCCUGCCACAGGGCAAUCCUGUGUGCACGGUCUCAGUACUUCCGAGCCAUGCUCAGCGGGAGUUGGAUGGAGAGCUCCAGACAAUGCAUCACUCUGCAAGGCUUAGGUCCAGAUGAGAUGGAAAUCUUGCUCCAAUUCAUGUACGGAGCCAUUGUGGAUCUGCCCAGCGGAGCCAGUGCCAGUCAGGUGGUGCUGGCUGCAGACAUGUUGGGUUUGGAGGGGCUGAAAGAUGUAGUGGAGAUGGUUCUGACCCGAGACUACUGCCGCUUCUUCCCCAAGUCAGCUGACGGUGUUCAGAGAACAGUUCUUGAGUGCCUGUCCCUCACACAUGCCUUAGGCCUUCAAAACCUGAACAUGCAUUGUAAGAGGUGGGUUGCUGAACAUUUUGUGAAAGCCUGGUGCGAGAGAAAUUUUUCCCUCUUGUCCCCUGAGCUCCACAGAGCCUGUCUGACUGCUGUAACUGAAGCCAUGACUGUGCAGAAUGCAGUGACCAUGCUCUGUGGCACUGACCAGUUGAUUGGCAGCCUCCCUGAAGUCAAGUGGGCCCAGCAGGUGAGAAGCCUGGCCACAGAGCUCCAGGAGGAGAGCCUGCAAGUCAUCGUCCAGCACUUGCCAAGAAUCAUUCACACUCAGGCCUUUCACGACCUUCUCAGGAGAGAACAGUUUACCAGAGAGCCGACGUUGUUGAAGAAGCUGUGUUCAGCCAUCAGGGAACGUGUGACCGUGGAUAACUGCUGUGACCUUUUCACUGCCGUGCACUGUCUUUGCUUAGAUGACUCUGAAGAGGAUUUUUUUCUGGAGCAGCGAGAGCAAAAACAAGAGGAGCCGUGGAAACAGGAAGUUUGUACGCUACGCGGGCGGCUCUGGACCUUCCUGCUCCAGACCUUUUACGCGGUUCGCCACACGCAGGGAUGGGAGACUCUGUCGUCCAAACACAGAGAGAGGAUACUGGCAGGGGACAAUCGGAGACUUGGUAAAAAGCCUGUAUUCACUAGCUCACAGUCAAGAGCUGUAAAAUGCUCUUCAUCUGCACCUGAGAGUCCUCCUGUGCAUAGGACGCAAAGGGUUUCUGAAAGCAGAAAUUCUUCCUCCCGUAGUGCUGCAUCAGCCAUGAAGUCUGAUGGACUGGGAACAGCUAACAAAUCAGGAGAUGGUCCCACAUCCAAGACAAAGAACAUGAAGAAACCAGGAGACAGGAGUGGCACCAAAGCAAAGACAGCGUCAUCUGGCUCACCAGUUGUCAAUGGCACAGGUGCUGCAGGGGCCCGACGAGAUGUAGCCAGUGCCAAUGGUCCCAGAAGCUCUCAUGGGGCUAAAGAGCAAGAGAAGAAGCCAAACCGUGCAAGGCCUAAAACCUCUCCCCCGAGCUGCACGUCUAUGAGUCAAACAGCAGGAAUGAAGGCUCAGAAGAGCUCAGCAGGAAAGGCUGAUAACACUGCUGGCAUCGCCCAGCCCAGUGCUUCAUCCACAUCAGGCGCAUCGCCAGAGAACGGUGCCAGCAGCCCUCGCAAUGACACCCACUCCAUUCCAGGUGCAAAACCCAAACACCAGGCCAAGGCGGUGAACAAAUCCCCACUGACCAAACCUCCUCAGAGGUCAGAUACAACAAAGACCAGCAGUCCUACCAAUAAGUCAACUGUGAGAGAAAAAGCCAAGACGACUGCAGCAGAGAAAGUGUCUGCAGGAGUGACCGCAGCAAGAGCAGACACAAGGGGAAGAAGCACACCAGACCACCAUGUCGCCAAACAUGGAUCCUCUGUGAAAAAGCCAGCUUCCCCCAGGAAAGAUGACAGCAAGGAUGGGGUAAAAACCUCAGCAGGAGACAAAGCAGCCAGUGAAGCUCCCAAAAAGAAGAUCACGAAACCUGCUUCAGGGAAUGGAGCCACAGCUAAAUCCAGUGCUAAACCAGUAAAAGCCUCUUCAGCCCCAUCUAAGCAAACCUCCGUAGCAGCUGCCAAGUCUGGACCAAAGCCAAAAAGUAGUACUGAAUUACCUUCAGAGAAAGCUUCACCAAAAACUGGGGGAACCUCCAAAACUUCUGCUACUGCUGCCUCCAAGAAAUCAGAAACUAAAGGAAAAGAAGCAGCGACCGGUAAAAAAUCAGACGAUAAAACUGGUCCAACUGAAAACUCUGGAAACGCUGUAGAGGAAAAACAUAUCACAGAGCUGAUGCCCUUUGAUCAGGCUGCAGCACACAGCACUCAGCCAACAAGCCAAGGUGGAGGGGAGUCACUAAAUGUAGAAUCAAGUGCUAACCAGAGUCUACAGAAGCCUGCAAUGCAGUCAGGAGAUCCUGCUGGUGCAGGAGAUGAGACCAGUGUUACACUAUCCACUAACAACAUCCCCCAAGUUAAAUCUGCUCAGGCAGACGCUUGCAAACAGGCCGAUGGGAGUAAAGUGAAACAAUGUCAAAGUGGUGUCAUUCCUGCUCAUAUCAGUGGAGGACAAGUCCAUGAGGUCAGCUCACCAAAUUCCCCAAGAGACCCUGAACAUCCCAUAGACACGCCCUGCAGCAUGGGGAGCACUGACACUCCUCUAGAGGACUCCUGGAGUGGCAUACACCAACAGGUCAGCCCAGAAUCAGAGACUGGCAGCACACACACCACGUCCUCUGACGACAUCAAGCCCCGAUCAGAGGACUACGAUGCAGGAGGUUCGCAAGAUGACGACUGCUCCAAUGACCGAGGUGUGUCCAAAUGCGGCACCAUGCGCUGUCAUGACUUCUUGGGUCGCAGUAGCAGCGACACCAGCACCCCAGAGGAGUUAAAGAUGUACGAAGGCGGGGCCGGGCUGAGAGUGGAGGUACGGCUGCGUGGGAAAGACGCAGAGACCACAAGUGAGGAGGAGGCAGUAAGACGACGCCCUCGUUCCUGGUUGCAAAGAGACGAGGUUCCGGUAGAGGAGGAGCACUCAGAGGUUGAGGCCACCGUGACUGUAAAAAGCGUCCCUGACCAUCAGCUCUUCUCCUCUGAGGAGGAGGAGGAAGAUGACGAUGAAGAGGAGACAGAAGAUGAGAGGUCAGAAGUUGAGGUGAUUCCAGGUCAGGCUCCACCGCCGCCGACCGAACCCUCGCCACACUUUCAGGGAAUCAUCAACCUAGCUUUUGACGAUGACGGCGUGGAUCAGGAGAAUGAUCAGCCCGACUACCAGUCCACGUCUAACUUCCGUCGGUCAGUGUUGCUCUCUGUUGAUGAGUGUGAAGAGUUGGGCUCAGAAGAAGGCGGCAUCCAAACUCCACCUCAGCAGUCAGAUGAUGCUUUGACUCCGUGUGAUGUUUUUGAGUCCAACCCUACAGCUCCUCAGUCUAACUACGCCCCCUCCAAUGACCUACAGAACCACCUGCCACGCCAUGUUAAAAAUACAGGUAUGAAGCACAAAAAACACAAGGAAGAACAGGAAGAAAAAUCCUCUGUAUUCCUUACAGAGCUCCAGGACCCGGUGCAGGAGGAGAAUAACCACAUCCAGGUGGAGGGAGUGAAGUCCAGCUGUCCUCCACUGGACUCUGACACCAGAGACCUCCCUCCCCAGGAGCGCCCAUGCCACCUGGAUCUGCGACACACCGAACAGUACAAUGGAGGGAUGAGCAAAAAUCACAUCAAUCCCUCAGAAAGCAAGAAAGCUGAUUUACAUCUAGACUUAAAUGAGCCUCAGCUGACAGGGGACUCUCCUGUACAUGCUGCACAGUCUCCAGCAGGGGACAAUGGUUGUGACAGAUUGGAUCAAACCUGCAAACAUGACCGCCGACCGUCCAAAGCCCUCUCUCCCAUUUACGAGAUGGAUGUGGGAGAAGCCUUUGAACACUGUUCGGACAAGGACAGGAAUGCUAAACAGCAGGCGGAUGAAGAAAAGCAAAGAGGGGACGGGAACAAAAGCAGUGAGUUUGCAGAGCGGGACUGGAGUCUGCUGAGGCAGCUCCUCUCGGAUCACGAGUCCAAUCUGGGCAUCAUAAACCCGGUGCCUGAGGAGCUCAACCUGGCCCAGUACCUUAUCAAGCAGACUCUCUCCCUGUCACGUGACUGCCUGGACUCAGAGGCCUUCCUCUCGCCAGAGAAGGAGACCUUCAAACGCUGGGCGGAGCUCAUCUCGCCCAUGGAGGACUCUUCCACCAGCAUCACUGUGACCAGUUUCUCCCCAGAAGAUGCUGCAUCUCCCCAGGGGGAGUGGACCAUCGUGGAACUGGAAACGCAUCACUGACCACACAGAGGAGAGCCUGCCGGACAGUCGACGCCUUCCGUUGGAACUCAUUACGUUGAUUUUGUCUUAAUUUAUUAUAAUUUAUAAGCCAUCGCUCUCUUUAUGUCUUAUUUCUCCUGGAUUCUGCAGACCUCUGGACUUUGCAGCAGUUUAUUUGCGUUCCCCAUUACGCCCGUAGUGGACUGUUUCUCGACACAAAUGGGCUGUUGUGCAUGCUGAUACUUUUGUUUGUUUGACUGUUUAAUUGGUGUCGCUUCUGAAGCUCUAGAAAAGAAUAAGACUCAGAAAAAAUCAUUUAUUUCUCAGAAAUUUUAUUUCUUGACAGUCUUCUAAUAAUAGAGUUGACUGAAAUUUCUUAAAGAAAAAGUAAUAUUGGCCGAUCGGCUUGCAUUUAGUGUCAUACUGAAAAUAAAGGUUUGUGUUUCUGAAAAAAACGAGCGUCUUUCAGUGUCCUGUCACAGACAAAUCAUACACUGAUUUAGAGCACAGGUACAAAUUUUAAUUUUCAUUGAUGUCUUAAUUCACUUUAGUUUUUGUAGUUAAAAAAUGUUUAGUUCUAUUCAAUGUCUGCCAAAAUGUAAGAACAGUACAUUAAAAAAGACUAGAACUAAAGGUAUUCUAUAAAUUCUAAUUUCAUUUUAGUUUUGCACACACGCCAUCUUGCCUAGUUUUUAUCUGUAUUUUGGCAAAGUAAAAUGCUUUGUUCACACCUAGUUUUAGUUUGUCGAUUCAGUUUUAGAUAACUGUUUUUUUUUUCUUUUUGUUUAUGUAAUUUUGCCAGUUUUUUUUUCUUUUGGCUUUAUACACAGCACACAGACUGUUUACUUGGCAAUCCUACAUGUCACUGGGAAAGCACAUGGUGCUAUUAAUCAACACUGAAACACUGACUGGUUUGGUUUAAUGGGAGUGGAACCUUCAUUGAUGUUAUUACUUACAUGUGUGCUCAUCCUGAUAUAAAAUUAAAGUUAAUGCUGUAAAAAAAGAUUA